AACACUUCUAAUGAAUUCCAAGAGAAUCAGGUUAACCCUACCCCAGUGGUUCCCAGGCAGGGUAAUUCUGCUCCCCAGAGGACUUCUGGAAAUGUCUGGAGACGUUUUUUGUUGUCACAACUGUGAGGAGGAACACUACUAGCACCUGGUGGGUAGAGGCCAGAAUUGCUGCUAGACAUCCUACAAAUUGCACAGGACAGCCCCCCAUGAUAACGAAUUAUCCAGCCCAAAAUGUCAGUAGUGAAGUUGAGAAACACUGCUCUCGAUGAAAGUUUCAACUAAAAUGGAUUUGUUUCCUAGGUCUAAGUCUCAAUGUCUCUGGAACAAAGCAGCUCUUGUGUGGAAGGAAGGACAGAGCCCUGGGGACAGGAGUCCCACCUGGAAGAACAGCCCAUCUGACAGGGACUACCCUCACCGGAGCUUCAGAACAGAUACAGAAGAACUCAGAAAGGAGUGGAUCCUAUUUGCUUCACCAGAAGCAGUUCUUAAUCACUGUUCCCAUAGAGAGCCAGACUUGCUGAUGUCACCACAUCCAGAAGCCAUCACAGACUGUGUGACAGUGGACACUGUGGACCAGCUUGCAGGUGCUUAUCCCUCACACUUCUCUACACUCUCCCAAGAGCAGCAGAAAAUGAACAUAUGUCAGGCAUCAGUGUCAUUCAAGGAUGUGACUGUGGAAUUCACCCAGGAGGAGUGGCAACAAAUGGGUCCUAUUCAGAGAACGCUGUACAGAGAUGUGAUGCUGGAGAACUACAAAAACUUAGUCUCAGUGGGGAACUGCAUUUUCAAACCAGAGGUGAUCUUCAAGUUGGAGCAAGGAGAAGAGCCUUGGUUCUUAGAGGAAGAAUUCUCAAACCAGAGCCACCAAGUUUUAGAAGAUUACAGAGGUGAUGACCUGAGCAAGAGGAACAAAACAAUCAAACACUUGCAGCAAGUAACAUUCAUCAAUAAGAAAUCAUUGACUAAAGAGGAAGAGGAAUUUUGGGGAAGACCAUUUAAUCUGCAUAUAGCUUCUGUUUCUUCAAAAAAAAUGUCCUGUAAAUGUGAGUCAUGGGGAGUGAAUUUGCAAAGUAUUUCUCAAUAUAUUAUUAAUAAUAGAACAUAUUCAACCAAAAAAACAGAUUGCUGUAAUGUAUGUGAAAAUUUGCCUUUCAAAAUUAAGUUUGAGAGAACUCAUAAUGGAGAAAAAUUUUAUGAAUAUAAUAAAAAUGGGAAAGCCCUCAGUUAUAAGGAAAAUCUUCCUGAGCAUCAAAAGUGUCAAACUUUGGAACAAGCUUUUGAACAUAAUGAAAUUAGAAAAGCUUUCUAUGAUGAGGCUUUCUCUGUUACACAUAAAAGUACUCACAUAGGAGAAAAAUCCUGUAAAGAUGAUGAAUUUAGGAAAAACUGUGAUAAGACAACUCUCUUUGACCACAAAAGAACUGGGACAGGGGAGAAACACUGUGAUCUUAACCAAUGUGGGAAAUCCUUCUGUGAGAAAUCAGUUGUCAAGGAAUACAAUAAAUUUAACAUGGCUGUGAAACACUAUGAAUGUAAUAUAAGUGGGAAUAUUUCCAGCAGGAAGUCACACCUCACUCAACCUCAGAGAACUGUCACAGAAAAGAACCCAUUGGUCUGUAAUGACAGGACACAAACUGGGAAUAAAUCCUUUGAAUAUCAUGAAAAUAAGAAAUCCUACCAGUCAGCAGCCCACAAAGUACGCCAGAGAACUCACUGUGAGGUAAAACCCUAUAAAUGUAAUCAAUGUGGGAAAUCUUUCUGUCAAAAAGGACAUCUCAUUCAACAUCAGAGAACUCACACAGGAGAGAAACCAUUUGAAUGUAAGGAAUGUGGAAAAACUUUCUCCCAGAAGUCACACCUCAGGACACAUGAGAGAAUUCACACAGCAGAGAAACCCUAUAAAUGUAACGAAUGUGGGAAAACAUUUGUCCAGAAGUCAACCCUCAGGGGACAUCAGAGAAUUCAUACAGGAGAGAAACCCUAUGAAUGUAGUGAAUGUGGGAAAACUUUUGUUCAAAAGUCAACCCUCAGAGAUCAUCAUAGAAUUCACACAGGGGAGAAAUCCUUUCAAUGUAAUGAAUGUGGGAAAACUUUUGGUCAGAAGUCAAACCUCAGAAUACAUCAGAGAACUCACAGUGGUGAGAAAACUUAUCAGUGUAGUGAAUGUGAAAAAUCCUUCUGGCGAAAAGACCAUCUCAUUCAACAUCAGAAAACACACACAGGUGAGAAACCAUUUAAAUGUGAUGACUGUGGGAAAACUUUCGCCCGGAUGUCAACCCUCAGAGUGCAUCAGAGAAUUCAUACUGGGGAGAAACCAUUUAAAUGUAAUGAAUGUGGGAAAAAAUUUGUCCGGAAGGCAAUCCUCAGUGAUCAUCAGAGAAUUCAUACAGGAGAGAAGCCCUUUCAAUGUGAUAAAUGUGGAAAAACCUUUGGCCAGAAAUCAAACCUCAGAAUACAUCAGAGAACUCACAGUGGGGAGAAAUCUUAUGAAUGUAAUGAAUAUGGAAAAUUGUAUGAGCAGUCGGCCCUAAAUGUAUGCCAGAGAAUUCAGGGAGGGGGAAAACCCUAUUGAUAUGAUAACUAUGGAAACUCCUGGCUAAAAGACCAACUCAUUUGGCAUUAGAAAAUCACAAAGGAGGGAAACCAUAUAAAAAAUGAAGGUGGGAAGAAAUUUGUCCAAAAGGCAACCCUGAGAGUAUGUUAAAGAAUUCACACAGGCUUCUGUUUCUUUUAAGAUACUAUGGGAAGCCCUUUGGAAUGAAGUCACACCCUAUUAGAUGACUGUCACACAUCACACGAGUUGGUAAUCUGUUCACUAGUAAGAAUUUAAUUUUUUUUGUCUAGCUAUAUAGCUAAACUUCCCAGUCUCCCUUUCAUCUAAGUGGGGCUUUGUAACUGUCUAGUGGAAUGUGGAUGCUCAUGGGUAUGCUACAUCCAGUUGUGACAAAUAAAAGACUUCCCUGACAAGCUACCAGGCCACUGUCAGAAUAAAAUGGAGUUGACUUCCAGGACAACCUUGGGUACCAUGCUUUAACAUAGCACAGCACAAGAUAAAAGCUAGGG